AUGCAGAAUGCCUGUAAAGAUGCUCUGCUGGUUGGAAUGCCAGCUGGAAGUAAUCCAUUCCGUGAGCCCAGAUCUUGUGCACUGCUCUGA